GAACGCUGAGUGGACGUGCUCGUACUGUGUUCCACGGAUCAUCGCCCACUUGCUGGCUGAAAAUAUUGCAGUCACCCUGCGUUUAAGCCUUGGGGACAGCGCACUGAAAGGCUGUUCUGUGUUAUGCAUUUCUCUCCCACAGAGCCAAGCGAGCUGUGUUGCAGUACGUCAUUUGACGCAUCACCGUGCUAUCCUCAGGGACGCGCAUGUUUGUUACAGCCACCGCUUUCUUAUCCUGAACCUCAGCCUUUUGAGAACCAGCAGAAGCUACUUCAAAGAUGGCGAGCGUUAUCAACAUUGGAGCUGACAAUGCCAGCGAUCAGUUCUACCGCUACAAAAUGCCGAAGCUCCAGGCUCGGAUUGAGGGACGCGGAAACGGCAUUAAGACCAAUGUUGUGAACAACGUGGAGGUUGCCAAGGCCUUAGAGCGACCUCCUGACUAUCUGGUCAAGUUCUAUGGAUGCGAGCUUGGCGCGCAGACCAAGUAUGACAAGAAGUCAGGCACCUCCAUUGUCAAUGGAGCCCAUGACACCUCCAAGCUGUGUGAGCUGCUGGAGACUUUCAUCAAGAAGUAUGUUCAGUGCUACUCCUGCGGCAACCCAGAGACAGUGGUGAAGAUCCGGAAGGACAACAUUUUCCUCAAGUGCAAGGCCUGCGGCGCCGUGUCCGAUGUCGACAUGCGUCACCGUCUGAACACUUACAUCCUCAAGAACCCUCCCGAGGACAAGAUCAGCAAGGCAGAGAAGAAGGUGAAGAAGCAGGAGAAAGAAAAGGGCAUUUCUGCUGCCAUCGAGAGCAACGACAAGGAUGACAAGAAGAAAAAGAAAAAGGACAAGGACGGCAAGAAGAAGAAGAAGGACGGCGACGAGGAGGGCUCCAAUGAGGGCUCUGCUGAUGCCGAUGACGAGGACGGCGAUGGCGAGGAUGAGGUUGUGUGGAUGACUGACACGAGCGAGGAGGCGGCCAAGGCGCGCGCACAGGAGCAGCUGACGGCCGCCAUGGCCAGCAUUGUCACGCAGGGCAACAUCGAGGCCGAGGCUGCCGAGCGCCGCAAGCGCGAGGAGAAGCGCGCCGCUGAAGAGGCUGCUGCCCGCCAGGCAGAGGAGGAGCGCAAGUAUGCUGAGGAGGAGGCCGCAGCAAAGGAGGCUGCCGAGCUGGCGGCCAACCCUGUGCUGCGCAUGCGCAAGUUCAUUGCCGGUGCCGCCAGCCCCGCCGACGUCGCCGCCGAGCUCAAGACUGUCGAUGUGCAGGGCGGCCACAUCGGCCGCAUGCGCGUCCUCUACGAGGCUCUCUUCGGUGACCUGGAGGAGGGAGUGAAGGUGGCUGGACAGGUGAAGGCGCGCAAGGACACCCUUGUUGCCGCCGGCAGCGAGACCGCCAUGCAGCUGGCCCAGCUGGUCGCCCUGGAGUAUCUGCUGGGCACCGCCAUCCCCGCCCGCAUCAAGGAAGUGGCCAUGGUGCUCAAGGUGCUAUACGACGAGGACAUUGUCGAGGAGGCCCUCAUUGUGGGCUGGUACCAGAAGACCGAUGCUGCCAAGGUGCUGGGUGUGGAGCCUGAGGCUGCCGCUGCAGUGCGCUCUGUGGCCAAGCCCCUCGUGGAGUGGCUGCAGGAGGCUGAGUCUGAGGAUGAGUCCGAUGACGAUGAUGACGAGGAGUGAUGUCACUGCUUCAAGCCGAUGCCUGCUAGCAUGCUUUCUCACAUGCCCCUUGUGUCUCUCAUCCAAUGAUGUCGCCAGUUUCCGCCUCCUCAAUAGGAGUUAUGUGCCACCCUGGUCAUGUGGCCGUGUGCUGCCUUCUGUUGUGAUCGCCAGUGCCAAUCUGUGACCCUGCCAUUUUCAAUCAUUCACGUCACAAUGCGCAGUCCUGUAAUAACCGUUGCCAAGAG